AAGACUUUCCCACUCCUAGAGUGUGCUGACUGGGUGUCUUGCAGCAGUAUUAAUACUCCGGUUAAAAAUAACCGGGGCCGUAGGCUCCAUGUAUGUCAUUGGCCUGGGUGGGGCCAAAGGAGGAGGCCAGUGCUGGUGAUCACAGUACCGCUUGCAGAAAAAAACCCGUUCCACCUCCGCCACUGACAACUAAGCUGUAAAAGUGCGGCCCUGGACUCUGGACAGGGGACCAUAAGGAAAGGAUAGUCAGGUGCACGCUGCAGCCAUGGUGAAAUGUCUGAUCCGCAUCACCACCCGGGUGAACGUCCACCUGCGCAUGAUCAACCACUGCUACCGGGAUGUGAAGGUCCGCGUGCUGAGCCUGGGGCCUCGAAUGCUGGGCAAGGCCCUGGGCGUGCUGCCCCUCUACCCCUCUCUGACCGGGCACCAGGAGUCAGCCGGGGCCAGCCCUCUUCUGGGUACUCCGCUGCCCUGCGUCCAGCCCCCCGGUACUCCAGGUCUGGAGUCUCUCCGUGACAGUGCCCACUCCACGCCGGUGCGCUCGGUGUCCCACGGGGACUCCUUCCUGCCACGCUCCCGGAGCCAGGCCGCGGAUGCCAGCGAGGGGAUGGCGGUCAUCUCGGACGAGGCCUACAGUCCAUCCGACAGUGUCCUUCCCACCCCGGUGGCCGAGCACAGCAUGGAGCUAGCCUUAUCUCGCCAAAUCAACGGGGCACCCUGCAGCAUCGAGGAGGAGAAGGAGUCGGAGGCGGGCACGCCCACAAACGGAGAAGGGGCUGACUUGGGGGUGGACGGUAGGUCUGGACAGGAGGGUGCAGGCGGGGACUCGGCCCUCAGCGAGGUGGAACAGGUGAACAAGUUUGUCUUAAGUGUCCUGCGCUUGCUCCUCGUGACCAUCGGACUCCUCUUUGUGUUGCUCCUACUUCUCAUCAUCCUCACCGAGUCAGACCUUGACAUCGCAUUUCUCAGUGACAUCCGCCAGACCCCGGAAUUUGAACAGUUUCAUUCUGAAUACUUUUGUCCCCUCAGGCGGUGGUUUGCCUGCAAGCUCCGCUGGGUGGGCGGUUUGCUCAUUAACAAGUGAGCGUGGGCUCGUAGAGUGGGUACGCUCUUUCGGGGGUCUGAGACACCGGUUAGGACUCCAGAGUGAUGGAGGGCAGCCUCGUCCUAACCAUGAACCCUGCUUCUCUCCUCCUCUUCCUGCUGGCACACAGCCUGGACCACCCCUGGUAACAUCAAGCCAGGAUCUCCAAACCCCCAACCCCUCCACUUUAACUUUGAGUUGCCCCACCCUUCAGUAAAACCACCUCCUUCUACCGAUGUUCUAUUUUACCUUCCUUCCCCCAUGAAACCUGGAACCUUUUUUUUCUUUUUUUUGGAUCAUCUAACUCAUUUAAACUUUUUUCUCCGUUUUUUUUCAAAAA